CACAGACAACCAUUACCCCAUUCUAAUUUCUAAUUUCUUACGCCUAGAAGAACUUCUUCUUCUUCCUCUUCCUCUUCGCUUCUUCCGCUCACUCCCUCGUCUCCCUCCUUCGCCGCCGCCAUCUCCGGCCAGGGAAUCUUUUUUCCCCCCGCACUUUCCUCUCGUUUUUUCUAAUAAAUCGAGAUUAAGGGCUUCAAUCUGUAGGGAAGGAAUUCGUGAGCCGGAAAUCGGAAGGGCCUCGGGCGUCGGAGACCAAAAGAAAGGCCUUUGGUUGAAUCGGUGACCGGAGUGCCCUUUUGUUUGGCGGGGGUCGGUUGAGGAAGGAGACAAAUCGACGAUAACCCAGUUAAUUUAAAAAGGAAAUUUCCCCAAUUUGAUUCCGAUUUCCAUUACUAUUCAAUCAUGCAGUUUUUGAGGUCUGUUCGGAGUCUCCUUCCUCGACUUGGUGAUUUGCAGCUAAGAUCUUCAGCGUGGCGCCUGUAAAUGCAGUUUUGUAGGUUGUUUCCCCCUUGGAUCUGCCAUCUCUUUGCAUGCAUGGGCUAGUGAGAAGGGGGGUUGCGAUCUAGAUUUUCAUCUGGAGACCAGUUUUUAGGCAUAUCCCGGAAGCUUUUGGUCCUUUAGUUCGCAUAAAAUGUGGCUCUUUACCUGGCUUUUCAGCAGAUAGGGAUGAAUGUUACCGUGUGUAUAUCAAGCUUGCCUGCCUCAGCUUGAUUUGGUAUCUUUGUUUUACUACUCUUUGCUUCGUCUGUAAGUAAAAGCUUCACUUGUGGGGAACAGAAGAACAAACAAAGAUUGGCUUUUCUUGUCGCCCCUUUCUUUCCUUGAAAGAAUGAGCUACUUGGACAUUCUAUUCUCCAAUGGGAUUGCUUGCGGGCAGAAGCUUUUUUUGUUGUAGGAAGUAAUGUUCUCUACAUGUUGUGUCCUGAACCAGACUGAGAGAUGUGUUGGGAGGAAACCUUGCAGUUCUUUUGUAUUGCUUUCUGGAGCAUAUUUCCGUGUUGUGGCACGCAUGGGAAUGGAAGGAUUUAGGAGUAAAUGGAAGGGUAUUUUCAGUAGCAGAGGUUGUUUUGGUUGCUGUGCUAAACCCACUACCGUUGUUUCCGUGAAUGAGCAUUCAAAGAGCUUAAGACCUCAAGAAAGGAUAGCAAAGAAAUAUAGCAUAACCGACGAUUUCUGGAGCAGUAGUGCAGCAGAAAUGGACAACAGUGCUAUACAAUCACAGAGAAGCAUGUCAUCCAUCAGCACACUAAACCAGCCCCUCGAUCCCUGCAGUCUCCUUCUAUGGAACCAGACAAGGCAGCAGUGGCUUGCAAAUAAGUUAUCUCAGAGCAAAACAAAACCGCAAGCUCGUGAGCCCACAAUAAGUUGGAAUGCUUCUUAUGAUAGCUUACUCGGGAGUAAUAAGCCAUUCCACCAUCCUGUUCCACUUGCUGAAAUGGUGGAUUUUCUGGUGGACGUUUGGGAACAAGAAGGGUUGUACGAUUGAAUCGAUCGGGAAGAACCCUUGUUUAGGAGUUCGUUUCAUUCUCUCUGUGAUCGCACGCACACAAGGGUUGUAGCAACUGGCAAUUGUGAUUAACUUAUAAUUUAUGUGCUUCCUCAUCUGGGAAGGAAACACCAACUUUGAAACUUUCAUCAGAAACACUUUGUAAGCAGUCUUUUGAUUUAGAUUGUCUGCUCGGUGCGCCGCCGCGCUUGGAGAUUUGCUGUGAUUCUAUUUUCUAUAAGAUCAGUACUGUUAUUGAUUCCAUUCAUUCACUGAUUACAUUCUGAGGCGCUGUUGUUAAAAGCGUUCACUGCUACGACACCUAUUUUUUGUGGUUGCGGGAUGGGGUUGGGUGUUAUCUAACUUUACGUUUCUAGGUAAACGCUUUUAUACGCAGUUUUUAUAGCUAGUGUA